AUGGAAUCUACCGUUCUUGAUCGCGUUCCAGAUCCUCAGCCCAGCGAUGUACAUCUGCCGUUCACGGGCCGCUCGCGGAGCGUGGUCGAAACCAUGGAGUCCUCACUUAGUCUCCAGGCAUCUGCAGCCCUACAGACCCUAUCUUUAAUUUCGUCUGAUUCUAGGCUUACAUCUAAGCAGUGUCAUUUGGCGAAGGAGAUAGAAAGUGGACUCUUUGAGAAGGUCAAAGUCCUCACCGACAAGGUUUUUGGACGGCUAAAAGACCGAAUUGCCAAUCGAAAGAUGUAUGUGUUAUUUGAAGAGCAGCUAAAAUGCAACACUAAGACUGAUCAUCUUGUACCCAAAAGCGUUCUUCCGAUUUUUGAAGACCAUAUAGAUGCUGCUAGCAAUUCUCUGUACUCCCAAAUAUAUUCUAUAGUGCAUGCGUCCACCCAGGCUCUUUUCGACGCAUCUCAGAAGCAGGAGCCUUUGCCCACAAGUCGCGUUACCGAGCUAGAGAGCCUUGUGUAUCAAUUGCGUCUGCAGAUUGAACAGGUCCAGCAAGACUAUACUAUCGCUACAGACAGGUUUGCUACGGAGCAAGCUAAUGCGUUGAGUGAGCUAACUCGUCUACGAGAGCAACUCUGGCAAAAGCAUAAGUACACCACUGAAUAUGAGCCAGACUUCAACCCGUACAUUACUCCGUCAAAAUGGGGCACAAUUGGCUUGCUUACGGGUGGUACCAGCGGAAUAGAAGAUCGGAAGGCCAUUCUCACAAGGCUUCUCGAUGAUGAACGAACUAAGUGUGCUGAACUCAGAAACAGAAUAACGCAGCUUGAAAUUCAGAUCUACGCAAAGAAUCAGCAGGUCGACCUGCUUCCUGUCCUUUAUGAAGAGAUAGAGACACUGAAGCAAAAGCUGGCAGACUAUGAUAAUAUCCUCCACAACUACGAGGAAUCGAAGAACAUUGAACUGUCCAUGUUUCAGGCCAAGGAGGAGGCGCUUAAAGAGGAACUAUCCAGGCUCCAGUCACGAUUGAGCCAAUCCAGCGACCAGGCAAGGUCUAGCAAAGCAGCAGUCGCUGAGCUCACUAAGCGGCUUUCUCAGAAAGAUCUCUCUUUGCCAGUAAGUACUUCCAGUCAGCGCAAAUUGGAAGAUGAACUGGAGAAUAUCCUCAGCGGUAAUUGCCCAUUGCCUAAGAGUGAGGAUACAAGUAGAGCUACCUCAAGCUCACAACCACUGCAGAGCAGAGAAGGCAGCCACAGAACUCAUAAGCGGAUGUCCUCUGUUGCAGAUAUUGGCAUUGACAGCUGCAGCAACAGCGAUAACAUAAGUAUCUCUAGUAUAAACACCUCCGCUAAAUCUACACGGUCCACCAAAGAGAAAAAGAAAAGUAAGAGGAACAGUAAGGAUGAAAAGCGUAAGACUACCACAGAGCAAUCUAAAGAUGCCCUGACAGCCAACAGGCGUGGUACCGCGUCCCACCAUAACCAGCGAGGCGAACAAUCAAAAGAAAAACAGAAUGUUCUUAGUAAGGUAAUGAAGAAAGACGUACUAGAUCGAAGGCCAACCACAGAGCCAUUUGACGCAGUAGACGUGAUGGACGCGACGGAAGCAGCGUCACAUGAUCCCUCGAUACUUCUAGACAAUCCGAUGCAGUCUGAAAUUAGCAACUUACGUAUGCAAAUAGAAGCACUGCAAGAAGAGAAUUCCAAGCUGCGUGAUUCUUACGCUACAUUGGAAAAUACAAUCGCAGAGAUUAAGGAGCAAGCGUAUAUGGACGCCAAUAUUCAUAUUUCCCAAAAGGACCUGCAUCGCAUCCAACCACACGAGGACUUGACGACAGGGACCGAUCAACCAGAUAAGGUACAGAUGAAGCAAGACAAGAAAGAGGAGCUUCAUCUGCUAAAGCAAAAGCUCAUGAAGAAGCACCUUAAGAAAGAGCGAGCCCGAAAGCGUAUCACUGCUUUUGUUCUUACCAAGGAAAGAUUCGAUGAAUUUAGAGAGGAGGUUGACAACGAUAAGACGCUUAUUCCUAGAGUGGACUAUCGCCUUGUUGCAAAUAAAACUCUUGCUCCAGAGGACGUGUAUACCAUAAUAGGGUCCGUAUCUACGCGCCCAAGCAUCCUGACGCACGGAGAUUUCCUGCAUAGUAUAGACUAUCGUAUCUUGGAACAUACCGUCAGCUGCGUAGAGGACUUUGUCAAUAAGAAGUUCAGAGAUGAAGUCAGCAUGGAUGGUACGUGUUCAGAAUACAUGUGGUUCAGCGAGUCAUGCAGUGAUAGUCGUCGCAAUGACUUUGAUGGCCUGGACUCUGACUUGGAGGAGCUAGAUAAUGAUUCUAAGGAUAAGGAGGUCAGCUUAUCAAGUCAGAAAGCAAAGCAGUUAAAGGACUCACUGAGUCAUUCAUUGGAAUCAUCACCAUUGACUCAUUGCUCUAGCACCAUUAGACAGACGGAUAAUGGUGAGUAUACUGACAUCCCAAAGAGCCUAUUAUCUCUAACUGAAAAGCCGCGUUCAAAGGGAUCUGAUCAUAGUGUUGGAGGAGAUGUAGGUGGUGGUCACAAAGAUAUAGCUAAAGAUGAAAUAAAGCUUCGUUUAUACCAUGAGUAUGUACACAUCGACCCGUCUGAGCUGUCUUCUGAAGCGCUAGCCUCACUCCUUGAAAUGGAUAACCAAAAGAAACAGAAUAUCCGAUCGAUAAUCACCCAGCUUCUUUUCGACAAUUCGACCAUUAAUCCAGCUAUAUUGAAUGGUGGGCUUCACCUACUGGUGAAGUCUGAUCAAGGAACUCCAGCAAAUGUGUACAUGACAAACAGACAGGGUCAUGAAGCUGUGGACGAUUCUAUCGAAAGUGACCGUCCAAUGCAAAAGACGAAUCAUGAAACGGAUACCGUCUUGUCGGAACACGAUUCAGAGCCUCUGCGCCUUACUUCUGAACGCAUGGAGCUCGAGAGCAGACAGCAGGACGGCCGACCCAACGCUGAUACCAGUAGGAAGCUCUACCAAUCUGGUAUGUUGCGGGUGGUCGCCAAUGCUACUGAGACUGUACGUGACAUACUACCAAACAAGCCACUCUACAUUUCGUCAGCCUCUGACAAAGAGUAUGUGAUGGGCCGCUCACGAAGUAAGGGAAAGGCAACUUCACAGCCUUCUCUGCCUGGUGAUUCUCUUGGGUCUUUGGAACCGCAACCGCAGACACAAACGCAAGAUGGGACUCCUCGGAGAGAGAGACCGUGCAUAAUUCACACUAUGCAGUCGGCUGUCUUACGCCAAGGAAUAGAGGCUCUUUUGCACAACAAUAAGCUCACCCUUUCGGAUACGAAGUUGUGCAAUGACUCCGGAGUGGAUCUGGAGGCUGUGAAUGGGCUAACUAAAGUCGUUAUAACAGAGACCGGGGAUACGUUUAUAGGCAGUUCUUACAUUGGGAAUGCUAAGCAGCUUACGCUUGACGACAGAAUUACCAACUUUUAUAGCGCAUUGAUCAACGCAAACAUCAUUAGGAAAAAUAAUAUAGGGACCGUGCCUGUCGUAUCUGCCGAUAAUGGAGAAAGGGAUACAGAUUUAACAGCUAGCAUGUUAACCAGCCAUUCCACCGAGGUAGGACAGUCCACAUUUACUCUUAAAGACAUAUAUCUGAAAAGCAAUGUAAGGAUAACUACAAAUCCUGGUGCGCCAUUAUUGUAUGAUGGCGACCAGACAAUGCAGCGAGGAACAUUUGGCUCUCUCUCCAUCAAGUCGUACUCACCCAUUCAUUCAGAUUAUGUAGAAUUAGACAGGAUUUGUACUAGUAUUAAGCAGAACGUAAAAGUAGACGUCGCAGAAGCCUUGAGAGACAUAAGGAUGAUUUUGAAAAUGCUGGGACAUGAUCCCCAACUUUUCGACAUCAAGCUAAUCAACUGUGCUGACAGACUAGAGCACAAGCAUUCCUGUCCUACAACCCUCGAUACACAUGAACUCACCGAUAGCCUUAAGGCCUUGUCCAAGGACGACAAACUGACAUUGUUUCUUGAGGCCAUUCUUGCAAAACAAAUUACCUGGGGUGAUCUAAAGGCAGUGUUUGAGCAUGCGUCUCCCAUUAUGAACUACCUUAUGGACCUUUGCAGCCAGCUCAGUAGAAACAGUGACAUAAGAAAUAAGCCCUUAGUUGAUGACUUGGUUGAAGAAGAUAAAUGCUUGGAUGAACUAUCAAAUAUCCUAUUUGCGUCACAAAUUUUCGCCAGAAGUAUAGAAGGUGUUACCGGUGUUAGCUCCGCAGACUUAUCUACAAAUACAGCAGAUCUGAAGCGCUUUCUUGAAGCGCUUCCUUCUGACCAGCAGCAGCUGAUCUAUGAGAUAGCAAAACUAUUAAAGGACCAGCAAAGUACUGCUGUUAUCCCAUCGGAAUCCUUGACUUCCAGUCCAUCAAAAGAUCAAGCAGAAAACCCCAUCAUGCAACUUUUGAACGCAUUGACACAUAUUAAUUAUGAUGCAAUCGUGCAGAUCUUAUUUACUAGGAUCCAAAGUUCUUCUAAAAGAGAGGAUUCUUUUGACAAAUACGACACAAUCAAAGAUCCAGCUCACAUCUCAGAUGGAGUUGAUCAAGACCUUCCUACAUUAGAGAAUCAGGUGCUCGGAAUUUUUACUGACUCAGAGUGGCAGGACUUGGAGACCAGCAUCCCUCCUGAAACCCUUAAGUUCAUUAAAGACAAGCUCAUACUGGAACAGGAGAAACUGGAUGAGCUCUCUAUGCUUAAGCAGCAACUUUAUAUUCUGCGCCAAGCAGAACAUGCUGCAAGGCUAUCCUAUGAGGCACCAAUUAGCGAAGAGACUCAGUGCCCCGAGGGAGCGAGAAUCUCUGAUGUUGCUAUCUGUUCUACAUGUGGUCAGGAAAUCACGCGCUCCUCCAGGGCAUCUUCUGCGCCAGGCGUCCGCUCUCUAGGACGCCUUCCAUCACAAUCAGGAACAGAAGGUGAGGCUAUUCGCUUGGACUUUUUACCCGGCUCAGACUUGUGCUUAGAUCACUUAGACACAAGCACUAAUCCUUCUGCAUCGAAAGUUUCCCGGGAAGCUUGUUCCAACCGUGACGGUGAUGUUUCCAGAUUGCAUCCAGUACUAGCCCCUGAUGUAGCCAACGCAGCCGUCACAACGCUGAUUACAGGCAAUCGUUCACGCUAUGCUGAACACUUGCCAAUCAUGGGCUUUGUUGGCAAAAAGGUCAAUCAGAAAUACCGCCAAUUACUAAUUAAGAACAAAGAAAGAGCCAAAGAACUCCAAGAACGAUUGGGCCUACUGUCCAUCCCCCAGCAAAAUACUAGGCACCCCAUCAACUACCAGUACAAUAUCAUGAACAUUCCAGUUGCCUUUGCCGCGAGAACUCCACACGUGGUUGGCCCCAACGCUACCAAUUUCCUUGGCAUGUCUAUGGAGAUUUCCAUGCUAUCAAAGGAAGGAAAAGCACAAAUCGUGAGCCUCUCCGAGGAAACUGAUAAUUUUCUACGACGGCAGCUGCACUUGUCGCAAAAAGACUAUAGUAGCAAGCAACAUAUGAUCAGAGCCAAGCGGGCAUCAGACGCUGUGCAGAGUGUCAUAACGCACUACGUACGGAAGUGCCCACUUUAUCACAAACUAAACUGGGUUAUUCCCGAUGAUCCUCGUGAUAUCUUUAUACGACUCUAUCAAAACGCGCGCGAAUUACGAGAAAAAUAUGAAAGGCGAUUCCAAGCAAAACUAUUAUUAGAAGCAGAUCUAUUUAAUAGAUACCGACAAGCACGUGUGUACGUACCUGGUUCUGGUAUCAGUAAGCAUUCUCAAAGCGGCCUUCCCAUCCACCAGCCUAUGAAGGAAAACCCAUCCCUAGUUACUGACUUAAGCAUGAGCGCCCAUACUCCUCAGGCCACUUACGUUUGUACUGAUUCAGUUGUUCCAGACACCGCACUUACCGGUGACGGGGACUCGUCUCAACUUCGAGACUGCACCAGAUCAACAGAUAGUAGCCUGGUAAAUUCAGUUCCUCAAGGGAAGCCACCCACAGAUCUGACUAUUCCAGCAUCAUCACCCCGCCUGCUCUUAUCCGGAAUUCAGGGGAGUCAAUUGGGUAAGGCUGACUCUAAUUCUAGACUGUACAUUCCAGAGUAUGAACGGUAUAAUAAGCAAGCACAUGUCAGCUCUAUCAUUGCCGGAAGCACUGUUAUGGGUAAGCCAAUUAUACCAACACCAUCUUUACAGAAUAACAAGGCGCGGUAUCCACCUCUUUACAGUAGUACUUGUGACUCAUAUUCUCCCCGGGAUAGCUGCGCGCAGCUACACGUUUCUGGAAUACAUCUGGGCUCCAAGACUGUUCACAGCUAUGAUAGUAACACAAGCGGAAAGCUCUCAGUACAAGCUAAGAUACACUCGCAAAUCGAUGAUUCACGACUAGAUGAACUCAGCAAGAGUGUCACAUUACUGAGCAGUUCAGUUGAGCUAGCCAAAUCUGGCAAUGCUUCCCUUACUCCGGGAGCAUCUGCCAAGAUAUGCGGUCGUCUACCAACUAAGCCACUAAAGUCUAUUUGCGCAUCUACUCAGCAGGCUGAGGAGCCUGUCAACAUCAGCAUUACAAAUAUAACAGACAUGUUCAUCAGUGAAGAAACUAAACAGUCAGGAAGCAAGGAGGCGCCACAGAUCUCUGAUGCGUUUACUGGAGUGCAUCGUUCUGGGAGCAUUCGAAAGUCUGCUGCUCUAGCAUUCAGAACUAGCGACGCUCAGACAGAAGCAAGACUCUCAGUCGGAAGUAGGAGUCAGCAUUGA